CACACCAGACAUGAGAUGGCUAGUAAAGUUUCGUUACUUUCGUAUGUAUCGAUUUUUUGAGUGAAGUGAACGUAGUGUUCGUGUCCUUUAGUUUAGUGACGUUUGAUAGAAAAAUAUCUGUGAAUGGGAUUGUGUAACAAGAUAAAACGUUUAUUUGGUGUGUGAUUUUCUGUAGAGGAUGACGAAGGACAGGUUAGCGGCGCUUCAGGCGGCGCAAAGCGACGAUGACGAUGUCGGGCCCGACGACGUCAACGUCGCCGUUGAAGGCGGCUUCAUGGAUGAAUUCUUCAGUGAGGUGGAAGAGAUACGAGAGAUGAUAGACAAGAUUCAAGCCAAUGUGGAAGAGGUUAAGAAGAAGCACAGUGCCAUCUUAUCAGCACCGCAGUCAGAUGAGAAGACAAAGCACGAACUAGAAGAUCUCAUGGCGGAUGUUAAGAAAAAUGCCAACAAAGUCAGAGGAAAAUUAAAACACAUAGAACAGAACAUCGAGCAAGAAGAACAUUCGAACAAAUCAUCGGCUGAUCUCAGGAUAAGAAAAACACAACACUCAACGCUGUCCCGCAAGUUCGUGGAAGUGAUGACGGAGUACAAUCGGACGCAGACCGAUUACAGGGAUCGGUGCAAGAACAGGAUACAACGGCAGCUGGAGAUCACCGGCAGGGCUACCACAGACGAUGAGCUCGAGGAAAUGUUGGAGCAAGGAAAUUCCGCAGUGUUCACUCAGGGGAUAAUAAUGGAGACACAACAAGCGAAGCAAACGCUGGCCGACAUCGAGGCGCGACAUGCUGAUAUCAUCAAGCUAGAGACAUCCAUUCGUGAGCUACACGACAUGUUCAUGGACAUGGCGAUGCUCGUCGAAAGCCAGGGUGAGAUGAUCGACCGCAUUGAGUAUCAUGUAGAACACGCUGUGGACUAUGUACAAACUGCCACACAAGACACAAAGAAGGCCCUAAAAUAUCAGAGCAAAGCUCGACGGAAAAAAAUCUUCAUCAUAAUGUGCCUGUCUAUUACGCUGGUUAUAUUAGCAAUAGUGCUCAUUAUCGUGCUGAAAUAAUUUGGAGCGUGGAGAGCACCGGCUACCGGCUGUGACGUCACCAGCACGUCCGAAUGGACUAUGUGUAUGAAUUGAGUUGUAUGUUGGAUGCGACAUUACUACGCUGAUAUUCGCCUGUAUAUCAUUAACUUAUUCGUGUGAAUGUUACGUUGCUUGCGUGUUGAUAUUCGGCAGCGAUACUUGGUGUUAACACUUGCACGGUAUUGUUGAAUAGCGGCUCGCUUUUGAUUAUUGGUACCGAUGGAAUCCAACCUAUUCAAUAAAUUAUUCAUGUUGUAUAUUUUGAUUCUUUUGCAAUUAGAUUUCUUAAAUUUAAUAUGGAUUCCGACCGGUCAAGUAAGUGUAAGAACUGUGCCUGUAGUGCAUGUUUUAAACUAAAUAAACGGUGUAUAACAGACAUUAUUAUUUUAUAAAAGGCUGUGUAUUUGAGUUGAGAUUUAACUCUACAUUAGAUGAAUGUCACCAUGAACUAUUUGUUUUAAUAUUUUCCACAGUCUAUCGUAUAUUUAGUAUAUCUAUCACGUGUUACACAUAUUUGAAGACAAUAUGUAUAAAGUGCAAUAAGUAGAUUGUGCUUUAGUGUAUUAACCUCUAAAUAUAAUUAGCUUUGUUGGUAUUACAUUGAUAUAUUUUAUUAUGAGAAUAUAUAAAAGAACUAUUUAUUUACUUACCUAAUAUUAAGUAAGUAUAAAUAUGUUAUCACAAAUAAUAUCGUGUAUACGUUACUGAAAGUAGUUGCAGCGUAAUACAAAAGUAAUGGUUAUAUUAAAUACAGGGUCUCAAAUAUGUAACGAACCUGAAACAACCAGGAGUGAUGUUUGUCAACGCGACAAAUUCACAUUACAUUUAUUUGUAUAUAUUCGUAAACCU